CCCUCACGUUCCUUUUCCCCUCCCCCAGUCCUGUCCUCCUACACACAGUAGCCUAGCAAAGUACUCCCAACCCUUGUGCAAAGUCAGGCAACCUGAUUUGGUCCUCACAGACUAUUCCCAUCUACUCCAUGCUGUGAACCUCAUCUUAGUAUCCAGAGGAAGCCAAUCCUGGACACUUAAAUUGUCCCAAGUCAGGCAGCAGCUGAGAAAUGAGGCAAGGUGGUAAAGAAAAGAAGGGCUUUCAGCCCUACAAAGAGGGCUGAACACAGCUGGGUACAGCAGGGUUCUUUCUGCUACUACCCUCAUCAAGCUGCAGAGGCCACAGGCUUCUUCCCCCUCUCUUGUUCUCAAAUCGGCAAGAAAUGGACUAAUCUUGGAUUUUCUAUUCCGUAAGCAGCAAAAAGCUUUCAAAUCAGUGUUAAAUGUGCUGCUUAAUGGCCAGAAAACUAACCUCUAGUUAUUUCACUAUGGAAUUUGGUGAAAAUCAGGGAGUAUGGCUGGUUAAGUGCAGAACAAAUUAUCCACUUCAAAGAAGGGAAAAGUUAGUGUGGGAUGGUGGUGGUGGUGGGUAUGUGUGUUUGUGUUUGUGUGUUAAACUCUGUGUAUGUAUGUGUUAUGGAGUUUGUGUUGUGGGUAGUAUGUAUAUGUGGUAUGAGGUCAUGGGGGGAUGGUGGGUUGUGUGUGUAUGUAUGUAUGCUGUGGAGGAUGGGAGUAGGGGUGUGGUGUGUGUGUUAAACUCUGUGUAUGUGUUAUGGGGUUUGUUGUGAAGUAUAUGUGCUGUGAGAUAUGUAUGUGUGUUUGAUGUGGGUGGUAUCUGUAUGAGAAUUGGGAAAAGGAGUGUGGUGUGUGUGUAUCUGUGUGUGUGUGUGUGUGUGUAUGUGUGUGUGUGUGUGUGUGUGUGUGUGUUGUGGAGUGUUUGUUAUGUGUGUGUUGUGUGGUUAUAUGUAUAUGUGAUAUAAGGUGUGUGUGAGAUGUGGAGUGGUGUGUGGGUUGUGGGAUAGGGAUUUGGGAUACAAUGAGUGUGUUUGUGUGUGCGUGUUGUGGCAUUUAUUUUGUAAGAUAUUAUAUGUGUGUGUGGAGUACAUAUAUAUGUGGUGUGAAGUAUGUGUAUAUGAUGUGUGAUGGAGUAGGGUGGGAUGGAAUGUAUGUAUAUGUUGAUGGAAGUAUGUAAGGAGUGUGUGUGUGUGUGUGUGUGUGUGUGUGUGUGUGUGUGUGUGUGUGUGUGUUACACAGGGACAGAUGUACCCAGAAUGAAAACAGUGGAGGGUGGAGGCCUUCAGGAUUCUUUGAAACUCCCAGGUGGAACCUAGGUCCUACACACAUCCUGCAUGGACUUUUCCUGCCCAGCUGGGAUAUCCUGUGUUUGUCGAAAGGACUACACAGGGAAGCCAUAACCAUUGUCCUUCCUGAAAUCUGCUAGUGUACACCUCCCCAGACCGAGGCAGCCGCCCCAAGCAGAGGAAGAGUGACUUUGGAAAUGCGUUAUCAGCAUCCUCCAUGGAUUUCCUCACCUCCUGCCCAGCCCCAUUAGCUGCUAGCUCCUCGGCAUCCUCAGACAAAAACCUCAGAGGCUGGGAUAGGGUCAGCAUCCCGAGACCGGUUGCUUUUGACAGUUUCCUUUCUGGUCAGGCCUGGCCUCUUUCUGUGCAGCUCUGAGUGUGCCGCUGAACAUUACAGCUGCAGCACAGAGAGCGGGAUGGAGUUCUUAGCUGGAGCAGAGACUGCCGCCUUCAACCAGCGCUGGCCAGUCCGGCUGCUGCUGUGGGUCUCAGCCCUAAGUUGUUCUUUCUCCUCGCCAGCUUCUUUCCCUCCUUCUCUGGUACCCCGAGUCAGAAGCAGCUACACUCUGGGAAGGACGUUCCUCGGUCUUGAUAAAUGCAAUGCCUGCAUCGGGACAUCCAUUUGUAAGAAGUUCUUUAAAGAAGAAAUAAGGUUUGACAACUCAAUGACUUCCCACUUGGGACUGCCUCCUCAGGACUUGCCUUCUUAUGCUGCCAAUUACUCAGAUGAUUCUAAAACCUGGCGCCCUGUGGAGAUUUCUCGACUGGUCAGCAAGUACCAAAGUGAGAUCUCUGACAGGAGAAUCUGUGCCUCUGCAUCGGCUCCGAAGACCUGCAGCAUUGAGCGCAUCCUGCGGAAAACAGGAAGGUUCCAGAAGUGGCUGCAGGCCAAACGACUCACACCUGACCUGGUACAGGGCCUGCCCAGUCCCUUCCUGCGCUGCCCUUCACAAAGACUCUUGGAUCGUGUGGUUCGACGCUAUGCAGAAGUGGCUGACGCUGGCAGCAUCUUCAUGGACCACUUCACCGACCGUGACAAGCUGCGGCUCCUCUACACACUGUCUGUCAAUGCACACCCCAUCAUUCUUCAGAUCUUCCCCGGGGCAGAGGGCUGGCCACUGCCCAAGUACCUGGGUUCCUGUGGUAGAUUCCUGAUCAGUACGAGCACCAGACCACUGCAAGAAUUUUACGAUGCACCUCCAGAGCAAGCUGCUGACCUUGCCUACCAACUCCUUGGGGUCCUGGAGUCCCUGAGGAGCAAUGAUUUGAACUAUUUCUUCUACUUCACCCAUGUUGAUGCAGACAUGUUUGGCAUCUUUGACAAUGGGCAUCUGUUCAUCCGCGAUGCCAGUGCACUAGGCAUCAUCGACAAGCAGGAAGGCAGUCAAGCAGCUGCCAAGACUGGAGAGAAGGAAGACAUUUUUAGCUGCCUGGUUUCUGGCUGCCAGGUCCAGCUGUCCUCCUGUGACACCGUCUCUGAGAAGCAAAGCCUGGUGCUGGUGUGUCAACAGUUGCUGCCUCAACUUCUCAGGGGCAAGUUCCCCUCCCCUGUGCAAGAGGAAAUAGAGUCUGCUCUCAGCCUGUGUGGCAAAGUUGCCAGCACAGACGUGGAAGUGUUGGGGGCCACCAGCCAGCUGAAGGACAUCUUGAGACCACUGAGAACCUGCGAUCCUAGAUUUGCCUACCGCUACCCAGACUGCAAGUAUAAUGACAGGUUCUGAGCGGCUGGGGCCUAACUAGCCCGGGGGGGACAAUCCCCAAGCUCUUUCAUGUCCCUGGUUGAAUUGAUGCCAAAUUGGAAGAAGCAAUUUUAAACAUUUUAAACAUUGAAGUAUAUUCCUUUCCUAAGAAACACUCGAAACUAGUGAAUAAAACCUCUGACACUGCAUAAUUGACACCACUGGCUAGGAUCCCAUGGCAGAGUCAGGAGGUGAGCACGGGAAGACCCAGGUGUGAAUGUACCAUGUCUUUGAACCUCCACUUUCUCUGUACUCUACCAGGCUUUCACAAGUUAAAGAAAACAGAUGGGAGGGGCCCAGACAUAUAGUCGUGACCUACAAAACAUGUGUUCCAGAAGCACAUGUCAGGAGGCUGGUGUAGGUAGAAGGCAGGGUGAAGGCAGGACUUUAGGCCACUGGAACUUAAGCCCUCAUUCCUACUCUCUUGCAUCUGUGAGAAGGGAUGUGCCCACGCACCACCAGCUACUGAACCCUCUGAGUACCUGGGACUCCUUAGGCAUGUGUAGAAGUCACCUCAGGAAGUGGGAAGGAGCCAAGGAUAAGAAGAGAAGGGGGACAGCCGAGGUCAAUGUGUUUGCUCAGGUCCUCUAAAAGGCAAGUGUCAAAACACAAUUACAUGAGUUUUCUUAGAGCACAUGUUUAUGGGGGAGGCAAGACAGAGGGAAACAGGCAAAGGCUGACCCCCAACGAAAGGUAGGCAAUGCAAGAAAGAUUGUCCGGGUGUCUAUAAGACCAUACACCAAAGGAGCUCCAUAGCUCCCAUGAAUAGAUUCCUUUUAUUAUCCCUGUGUUCCGGCUAGCCAGAAUAGGCUAUGGUAAGUGUGACUUCCCCUUAGCUGCAAAGACAGAUUUCAGAGCACAGCAGCCUGGGGGGGGCACCAGAUAGGUUCCACUGGUCGUUGUAACUAUAGCCUGGGACCAGGGUCUGCUGUCUUCCACACCACGUGCUUCAGUGAAAGACUCUAAGGAGUCCUAGAAUUUUCAUCCAAAUGUGGCCUUACAAGUUAUUAUAAAGAAAAAAAAACAUUUUUUCAAGGUCAACCAGUGGAAUAUAUUUUCCUCAACGGUGACUUUACUGUACCUUUAAAAUAUUUAAAUACAUGGCUUAUGGGUUUCUGUACAUGCCUCCUUAACAAUCAUAAAGGGCUCUUAGACCUUUGCCUAGUCUCCCUACUAGGCCUGUACUCCUGGGGACUGUUCAGUCUACCUCCUUUCUUCUACCUCUAAAUCAUAACCUUGGAGGUCAGGAUACCCAGCUAACAAGCCUCACUGCACACAUCGGGAAACAGAGGCCCAGGAAGGAAGUGAUUUGCUGAGAUAAUACUGAAACCCUCCCUUCCAGUUCAUUCCCCUGUUGCCUUUCCCAUCAUUCUCAGACUCCCAUCUUGGACUAUCAAUUCUGAUUUCAUUCACAUUUAAACACUAUCUUAUGGUAUAGUGGGUGACCUUUUGAUUUUGCCUUUUGACUACUCCAGACACUGUCCCCUGGCAACCACAACAGUGAGGAUGACAGGCCAAGCUGGUGCAAGAACUGGCUUGUCAUGCCUGAGAAUCUUUAAAACUGAUAUCCUCUGGCUGGCUGUUGAGAAGGAAGUCUGAUCACAUCUCCUACCUGCAGUAUCAUGAUCUGCUCUCCCUACUGACUUGCUUGCAGUAUGUGUUCCUAGCCGGUCUCCUGACCAGAACCCAGGAAAGGGGCUACAGCCUUAGACUCUCCAAAGACACAUAUGAACAUAAGACAAUCCCCAGGACUCUCCAGCACACAUGCCAAGCCCAGCCUCUCUCAACAGAACCAUUGUUUUUCCACUGAAGACUGUGAGUGACUUUGAGUGAAGCCCCAGGGGAGUUGAAAAAUGGGGUUUACUGCAACCCUCCUCUUACCCCUCUACCCCAUAUCUGUGGGGACAGCAAAAAGGAGGGGACAAAUGAAGACCUCUCCUCUGGACCAGUGACCUGGGACUCUGAAGAGUGGAUCUGCUGAGUCUCAAAAGGAAACAGAGCCCUAUACACCUCCUGAAUCAGGACAAAGACAUUUUAUGUCCUCCUUGAUCAAGUCCCCAGAGAGAGCAAAGAACAAAACUCCCUGAGUACCCCCAGGAGGAUAGUGGGAUAUUUGUUUUUUGUGCGAGCUAAAGCAAGCUCUAUGUGUUUGUGUAGCUGUGUGCACAUCCGCAGUGCAGGCCAAAGGAGGAAAACAAACUGUUAGUCAAGGCCUAACACUUUGGAGUGGCCUGGAAAUGGGCUCCCUAGCUAGUGGCUUUUUGCAAGAUCAGGAGGUUGAGAAGUCCCUUUUCUCAUACAUUUUGAGGACAAAGCAGACUUGUUCUUGUCAUCAUGACUGAAGAUCAAAGACCCCUCCUAGGUGCUCUCUCCACUCCCUGCCAUCUGUUUAUUCUCGGCUGCUCCCUAUCUGUGAUAGACAGAGCAGAGAUGCCAGGCCUCCCUCUACAAGGAACAUCUCUCUCUCCAGCUCAGGAGUGCAGUUAGCAGGCAGCACUGACUGCCAGCCCUUUAAGUUCUGCCUUGGUCAUUCUGUGGCAUCACUCCAGGCAACACCCAUCCUGAGGCAUAUCCAUACCUAGUCACUGGGCUUGGUGAGAUGUGAUGUCUCAGUCAAUUUGGCCCACUUAGCUACAACUCUGAUGAGUAAUUUUUAUUCUAAAAUUCUGAGUGCAUCAGACCAAGACUCCAGGCCUGCAGCAUAGUCUAACUUCCACCACCCCACCUUUUCCUCUGAAUUCUUUUUACAUGUGUUGGCUAAACAGCUUGUGCCCAUUAGUGUCCUAAAUGGUAGCUCCAGAAAAGUAUGUCCACAUUUUAAUCCCCAGAAACUGUGACAAAUACCUUAUAUGGGAAAAGAUAUGGCUAAGCAUCCUGGGACUUUCCAGGAUUAUCUAAGUAGGUCCUAAAUGACAGCCAAUGUGUCCUCUUAUGAGGGAUGGGGGGCUUUUAAGAGAGAAGAAACAGUGAUGUGAAGACAGAGGUUAAGAUUGGAAUGAGGGCAACUAUAAGCCAAGGACCUCCAGCAGUCACCAGAAGCUGGAAGAGGCAAGGAAUGGAUCCUCCUGCCAGAUCCUCCAGAGAGAACAUGGCUCUUAUGCUACCCUAAUUUCAACCCAAUAAGCCCCAAGAACUGUGAGAGAAUAUAAUUCUAUUGGUUUGCACCACCUCCUUCAUAGUAAUUUGGUUAAAUACCUGCAGGAAUUAAAUAGACACUUGAAAGUUUAUUUGAUUAUCAGCUUCCAGAGAGCUCCACCUGCAAUACUCAUCCACAGUCUACUGUGAGCAAAUGGAAAGUAAUCCUUGAGCUAAUAAUGUAGUGCACUGGUAGAGUAUUUGCUUAGCAUACUCGGGGCCCUAGUUUUAGCCCCCAAUACAGCAAAAGCAUGACCUGGCAUGGGGAAGCAUCCCCAUCCAGGGCUGAGGACUUCCUUCCUUCAAAGCUCUAGACAUCACUGAAGACCCUGCUUAGUCCUACAUUUAUGCAGAGCCUUUCUUGAUAGGCCAGCCACCAUAGAUCACUUUCUGAACCUUGUCCCUGAAAUUCUGGUCCACAUGUUUGUGCCUCAUUUGAGUAUGGUUUCAGGAAGAUCUCUGUCCUGCUUGCCCAUCCAACUGGGAGAUUCCUGAGUCUGGGGGUGAUGUGGGUAACUUUGUGUUCCCCAUAACAAGGGAGGGCUGGACACAGAGCAGAUGCUGAGAACAAUGAAUGCCUUCUUCAGCCCUUCCCUACAUUGUUCAUACAUCACACUGGCUACCCAUCAGAUGGAACCACUUCUCAAUAGGCAAGAGACAGAUGAAUCAACAGUCAAGAGACUUCAAUCAGAAUAAAAUUACCACCAGCUAUUCUCUACUCCCUGGGAUUUGAGUGGAAACAUUAUUUUGCCAGCUUAUAUCAGGCACACCUUUUAGCCUGUAGGACUGGAUGUAUGAUUUGUGGGACCCAAAGAAAAAUGGAAAUAUGAGCUAGACCUAUACAGAAACAACUAAUAGUUGCAAGGUGACACAGCAAAGCUAAGCUGAAGCCCUCUACUGUGUAGGUUACAGGCUCACCAAGCUGGCCCAGGGAACAGAGUGUAGACAUGGAUCCUCCUUACACUUGGCAUUGAGUGUUGCUGGCAUUUGCUGAGGGGUCAUUUAAUCUCCACACCCAAGGGGAGCAAGUAUAGGACAGGGGUGAAAUAUAAUAUAUGCCAAAGGCCUAUGAGAUCAGACUCAGCCAGCUGCAGUUAUCGGGAGGGUAUAACAACAGCCCAGCCCACGAGGCUGACUCAGCACAGGAGAAUGCUGGCUUUAGGGUUUUGUUAAGUGUGGCAGUUUUUGAGCCUCUUGCCUGUGGUCUUGCAACAUGUGACUUCUGCCUAUAAGUGGUUUCCCUAAGUCUGAACAUUUUCUCUGGUGUUGACAUAAAUACUUUGUUGGAGCUGAGGUCUUUGAGGAAAGUCCUGAUCUCUGGGAAAAGACUGGCUUGCUAUCAAAUCAUGACUGUCCUGUUACUGUGUAACUUUUGCCAUGUUAUUUACCUUUUCUAGGACUCACUUUCUGUGUGUACAAAAUAGGGAGGAAUAGCUUUACUCUUGCAGAAAUGUUGUCCCUUUUAAGUGUCUUUUUUUGAAGGGAAAGAACAGAGGCAUUCUCUAUAGAGAAUAUAGUGACAUCUUGGAGGAAAUUCUGAUUCCUACACAGGGAGCCCCUACAAUAAAUACUUCUGGCUGCUGACAGUCUGACUGUGGCCAUUUUUGGUGCUUCUCCCAUCCAGAACCCAGGUCAGUCAUGAAAGGCAGCUGAGCAGCUUCCAUCUCCACCUCCCUCCCUUGCCUGGCCCUCCAGCAGGCUCAGAAGGGAAUCUUCCAGCAAACAUGGUACAGGGAGCCUUACCAAGUCCAUCUGUGCUCAUUAUGUGAAGAGAAAUGAAGACUUGUUGGCCCAGUGAGCACCAGCCUCCUAGCUAGUUCCUGGUGAUGUGGCUCCCCUAUGCACUUUACCCCUGCUAUUCACAUACAUUGGCCCAAUUGAGAUUACAAGAACAUAGGAUAUUCUCUGAUCAGCUUUCAGCUCUUGAAGGAAUUUCCAACCAUAAGAAAAGCUUGAUUGUAGAUGUAACAGUCUUAUUAAAUAAGAAACACAGAGCCAAAUUCAGAGUUAAAAGCCCAAGAGGUCAGAGCAGUAGUUAAGAGCUAGAAAACCCUUUCUUACCCUUCACUGUCACUGCUGUCCUUCCCCUCAGUAAGAGGCCUACUUCCUGUAUGUUUGUCCUUUUUAUUGACUUUUUGUUCUGCCUUCUUAUUGGUUGUAAACCCAACCACAUGACCUCCUCAUCACUGCCCAUCUAUACAGACCUCCAGGUCUUCUAUGGUUGGUAUUGAGAUUAAAGACAUGUGUCUCCAUGCUGGUGGUAUCCUUGAACACACAGAGAUCUGCUUGUCAUGUGAUGGGGAUUAAGGGCAUGUGCUACCACUGCCAGACUUCUGCUAUGGCUUGCUAUUAGCUCUGACCCCCAGGCAACUUUAUUUAUUAACAUACAAAUAAAAUCACAUUUCAGUACAAAUAAAUUAUCACCAUACUUGAUACCCAAGCAGGGGACAACAGCACUAAGGUGAACAGAGAAUGGACUGUAACCCUAGAGUCAGUGUGGCAUCCCCCAAGAGAAAAUUGACUCUGGGAGCAGACAUGUACCCCUUUGGAUCCUGCCACAGUCAGUGUUGAAAAAAAUCAAUAUAUCAAAGUUAUUGUUUGCAGGAAUAUUAUUCAUUGCAAUUAAAUAAUAAACAUAUCAUUUGUGAUAAAUAAACAAUUAUGCACUAGAAUAGCAAAAUGUUGGAAACACCAUAAAGGUGGUUACACAGGACUACAGAAUAAACUACAGUGCAUCCACACAAUGGGGUGCCACACCCUGUACAGAAGGAUGAUGAAGGGCUCUAUGAACUCACAUGAGGAAAAGCACCAUGGGCAUUUAUAGGAGGCUGACUUUUGUGCAGAGAAGAGAUGUAAAACCCCAUUUAUAUGCCUGCUCACUUGAAAUACUCUAAACUGCAUGCUAUGAGGAAUUGGAAGAAAUUAUAUGAUUGUGUGUCUCAAUACAUCCACAGUACAGGCUGGGAAAGAUGAAGUGUGCCUGGAGCUCCAUUAGGAAAAUGGCAGCCUUCAUUUAGCUUCUUCAUGGUAAAGGUCAUUCUGUCUGCACAAUGUUCAUGUUGUUGUUUGUGUUCAGACAUGAGUACAGAGUGGCCUUGUUUUGUCUUGAUCCAUCUUAGUCAAAGAGGGGCCUUGUUUGAUGUUGGCAAUCUGAGAAAUUGUUUAUGUCUAAGGAGAAUACAAGGGCUGUGCUGUAUUGGCCAAGCCAGCUGUGGGUAACACGGAGGCUAAGAUUUAACUGAUCAUGCCAAUCCAACUCCACCCUCUAGGGUGCACAUCUCCUUCUCUGUAGGACAAUUGGUAGAAUUCAAAUAAGGUCUAUAAUUCAAUAAAUAGGACUGCUAUUGAUAUUAAUUUCUGAGUGUCAGUAAAAAUGUUGGUUAAGUGAUGUGUUAGCAUAUGAGCAACCUGAAUGAAGAGUAUAAAUGGAUUCUGCAUUCUGUUUUGUAUCUUUGUUAUAAGUAUAAAAUUAGUUUAAAAUGG